AUGACGACCACGACGCUCCUGUGCACCGCAACACAGCUUGAGCGUCGUCAGCACCGCGCCCGCUGGCCCGGCCCCGCGCCCCUGGCACCUCUAGGCCUCGGCCCCGUCUCGGUGCUGGUUGUGUUCCUCGCGUCGUGGCUCACGCCGCCGCCCUCCCACACGCUGAGCUCGCCCGCGCCGUCCACGGUGGCCUGGGCAAAGCUCGUGCACGUGACGUUGGUGGUGGCUGGAGCUCACCUCCUCGCGUCACCUCCACGCGCGCUGCGACGGAUCCACGGCGAGGACCGGCUGCGGCAGCUCCACGCGCGCCGCCUCCUGGCUCUCGCCGCCGCCGUUGGGGACGAGGCCGCCUCCCUGCUCGCUGGGGCCCUCGCCGUCGCCGUCGGGGCUCGUGUCGGUGUGCGGCGCCGGUCACCGGCGAGUGGAACACGGCAUGCGGCGAACCAGGUCCGCGCGAUUGGCGACCGAGGCGGGUCCGCUCCUCGCAUCUUCGUCUUCGGCCUCACCGUGCCCAACGGCCCUGUCGGCGUCGCCAUCGUCGAGAAGGUGGAGGACUUCGUGGUGGGCACGCUGUUGCCGCGCUUCUUCGUCAUGAGCGGGCUCCGCACGGACACCGCCAAGAUCACCAAAGACACCCCGCGGUGGUGCUGCUGA